AUGGGGGCACAGGCGCCGGCCCCUCCACCGUCUCCCGGGCCGAAAGGGCUUUCCCAACUCAGGGGCCUCCAAACUCAGGGGCAGCUCCGCAGCCGCCCCAGAGACAGGCGGGAGCUCGGGCCGGCCCCCGGCGCCAGACCCAGCCCACCUCCCAGGGGCGUUGUGAAAACCAAGCAACAGACGGGCCCGGCCGGCCCCCUGCUCCGCUUGGCCCGAGGCCAGCUGGCGCCCACCUCCCGCCCCGCGGCAUCUCGGGCACCCCCGAGGGAGUGGGCCGUGCGUCUGCCGCGCCCUGCCGCCUCCGUGCGCGGGCCGGGCGGCAGGCAAGACGGCGCCACCCCGCCGGGCCUUACCUGGCCGCUUGGGGGGCGCGCCCCGCCGGGCUCUCCCUGCGCAUCUGCGCGGCGGGGGGCCCCGGGCGGCGCGGCCCGUGGGCGCCCAGCGGCAGCACCAGCGCCACCAGGCAGAGCGCGCCCAGCGCCGCCCGCCGCAUCCUGCCCGCAGCAGCGCCGCCGCCGACGGGGCGCGCCGGCUGCUGCACGCCGAGAGGACCGGCGACGGGGCGGCGGCGGCGCUUGCCUCGGCCUGGCCCGGCUCCCCUCGGCUCGCCGCCAAUGGGCGCCCGGCCCGGCCAGCCCCGCAGCCAAUCGCCAGCCAACCGGCCGCCGGACGGGGAGGGGCUCCGGCCGCAGCGCAGGUGCCGUCGGGUGGGCGCUCUCCUCCGGCCGGGGGCCGCCGCGGCGGGGCGCUGGUGCUGCCCUGCACGGGCCCUUGCAGGCGGCCUGCCGGCCCGAAGGCCCGGCGCCCCGAUGGCGCGGGAACCGAAGCGCGCGCUCCCCGAUCCCCCCCCCCGCCGCCCAGCCAGAGCCCGCAGAAGGGCCGGGGCUCAACCCCCGGCAUAGCCAGCGGAGAACAGGGACAGCUUGUGGAGGGGACCCCGGCGAAGGUUCGCAGGCCCAGAAGAAACCAAGAAAAAAGAGGGCGAAAGGCUUGCCCGGUGCGGACAUCACCGGGACUCACUACAACAAAGAAAUGCACAGAAAAAGACCCCCGGUCUACCCUUUGUUUGCCGUGGCUGCCUCUAGGCCUGAGUCCCUCGGGGUUUUUCAGAGGUGUUCUCCCCUCCCUUGGGCAUAG